ACAAUGGCGGUAAGUGUUACUGUUUUCACCCAGAGAAAGAACAAUGGCGGUAAGUGUUACUGUUUUCACCCAGUGACAGAACAAUGGCGGUAAGUGUUACUGUUUUCAUGAUCACCCAGUGACAGAACAAUGGCGGUAAGUGUUACUGUUUUCACCAAGUGACCGAACAAUGACGGUAAGUGUUACUGUUUUCAACCAGUGACAGAACAAUGGCGGUAAGUGUUACUGUUUUCACCAAGUGACAGAACAAUGGCGGUAAGUGUUACUGUUUUCACCCAGUGACAGAACAAUGGCGGUAAGUGUUACUGUUUUCACCCAGUGACAGAACAAUGGCGGUAAGCGUUACCGUUUUCACCCAGUGACAGAACAAUGGCGUUUCCUCAAAUCAUAGAUCUAAAUGUGGGAGGGCGGCACCUGAGCACCCGUAUUUCAACUCUCACAAAGUACCCUGAUUCCAAGUUGGCCGAUAUGUUCAGUGGGGAAUAUGUUAUGCCAAAAGACAAAGAUGGCCGGUUCUUCAUCGAUGCGGAUGGCGACGUAUUCGCUCACAUUCUCAACUUCCUGAGGUACGAGAUGCUGCCCCCUCCCGACCAGGCAGCUGCUGUACACAAAUAUGCAAACAUUUUUGGCAUUAAGCCUUUGCUUGCUAUAUAUUUACAGUGGGGACCAGUCUUUGCACAGGCUUUGAGAGACAAGUGGAAACUUGGAAUAGCCGGGUAUGACGACUGCCUGAAUCAGGUGCGGGAAGGCCUGGUGGCAAGUCGGUAUCACAGUGGUGUCGUGUUCAUCCAGUUCUCGGAUUCCUCUCAACACGUGUUCACUCUGUGCAAGGUGGCUGGUAUUCCUGAGGGACAUCAUGUCAUCAACGUCAAAUACUCCUCCUCUGCAAUGGAUGGGACCAAUCUUGUCCAUUUCCUCAAUGAGGACCUGAAGCGUAUCGGUGUUCACCUUCAGCCGGGGGACUUCCGACCAGAACCAAAGUGUGGUUGUCGCGUGGCUUUUCGGUACAUGAUAAAACUUGAGUAACUGAUGUACCCAUAAUUGUCACAUUGUGUAGUUUGGUGCGAUUAAUGUAUACUUCCCAGGCGAAUAACAUACAAUCUACAGCAACCUAUGCUUGUCGUGAGAGGUUGUCAGGCUGGCUGACUUGGUUGAAGCAUGUCAUCGUUCCCAAUUGCGUAGAUCGAUGCUAAUGAUAUCAAUCACUGGAUUGUCUGGUCCAGACUCGAUUAUUUACAGACCGCCGUCAAAUAGCUGGAAUAUUGCUGAGUGCCGCGUUAAACAACCAACCAACCAACCAACCAACUUUUAGGCAUAAUUGUCGAUUAAGCAACGUGGCACACAGGUGUUUGAGAAGGUGAAAGACGACAAAUAACAAAUAAUUAAUUGAUGUAACUUGUUUACACUAAUAAACAGGCGAGUAUAAUCAUAUUCUCCUGACAAAAGUAUACAUAAUGACUACACAGCUAGUUUGCAUUUCAAGCUUUGUAGUGGAGAGUAUAGUUGUAUAUAAUGUUUAUACUUGUGAUUACGUAUACACUUGUCUAGUGGUAGUGCGUCCAACCGGAGAGCGGGUGGUCCGGGGUUAGAUCCCCGGCCGCGUCAUACAAAAAGACGUUGACUUGUGACGGUUGAGUCAUGUGAAUACAUCUUAGUUGUGCGUGUACCAUAUGUAUUGUGUAAUAAAAUACCUACAUAUUUUA